CGGGACGGACCGGCCCAGUCUCCUUCCGCUCGGCCCGCGGGGCACUUCCGCUCGGCGCGCUGGUCUCCCCGCCCUGGAGCGCCCUGCGAGAGCGACGGCCUGGUGAGCGGCGGGCUCUCCCUGGCGGCGCGCGGGCAAGCGCGGAUGCCGGUGUGCCGAGGAGCACGCCUUGCCGUUUAUCUUCGGGGUCAUGGUGUGCCCGCCGCGCGGGGUGACGCGUGGAGGCGCAGGCGGAAGUGACGUAGCUCCGCUUCCGGUGUUCGGCCCCGGGCGCGCGCUGGGCUGGGUUCCGCAUGCUGGCGUCUCGCGGGCGCCUGCUGCGUACAGCGGUCCGGCUCUCCCGCCCGCGGGCCUGGCGCUCCCCCGCCGGCAUGGAUUUGCAGGCCGUGCUCGCCCGCCUGAAGGACCUCGCGCCCCUGUCCUUCGCGGAGAGCUGGGACAACGUGGGGCUGCUGGUGGAGCCGAGCCCGCCGCACGCGGUGCGCACGCUCUUCCUGACGGUCGACCUGACGGAGGCCGCGCUGCAGGAGGCCCUGCGGGCGCGCGCCGACCUGGUGCUCGCCUACCACCCGCCCAUCUUCCGGCCGCUCGCCAGCGUCACCUGCGCCACCUGGAAGGAGCGCCUGGUGGUCCGCGCGCUGGAGGGCAGGGUCGCCAUCUACUCCCCGCACACGGCCCUGGACGCUGCACCCCGGGGCGUCAACGCCUGGCUGGCCAAGGGGCUCGGUGAGACUUUAGUGUCUUUCCAAAACCCAAGAACAACUCCGAUUUCCCCAGGUGCUUGUGUGUCCAGGCCGAUCCAUCCCUCCAGAGCCCCCAGCCACCCUACAGAGGGGACCCACCGAGUGGAGCUCAGCGUCAGACACACCCAGGACCUGAGCACUGUCCUGUCUUCCCUGAAAGGAGUCAGCGAUGCUUCUGUCACUUGCUUCCCUGCUAGGACUGAUGGCGAGGAGCAGACGCGGCUCAGCCUGAACUGCACGCCGGAGGCCUUGAUGCGCGUGGUGGCCUGGCUCGCCCAGAACCAGCAGCUCUACGAGAAGACUGAGAUCCUGGCCCUGGAGAAGCCCUUGCUGCAGCACGCUGGGAUGGGGCGCCUGUGCACACUGGACGAGUCUGUGAGCCUGGCCGCCGUGAUCGAGCGGGUGAAACGACACCUGAAGCUGCCCCAUGUCCGUCUGGCGCUUGGCGUGGGGAGGACCCUCGACUCCCAAGUCCGAGACGUGGCCCUGUGUGCUGGCUCCGGGAGCAGCGUCCUUCGGGGGGUGCAGGCUGACCUGUACCUCACAGGCGAAAUGUCCCAUCAUGACGUCCUGGAUGCCACUUCCCGCGGAAUCAGCGUCAUCCUUUGUGAACACAGCAACACAGAGCGAGGCUUUCUUUCUGAGCUGCGAGACCUGCUGAGUGUGCACCUGGAGAACAGGGUGCAGGUGGUGCUAUCUCAGAGUGACAAGGACCCUCUCUGUGUGGUGUAGGCACCCUGUCUCAAAAAAUCAGAGGAAACUAGACAGCUUAAGAUUGCCCAAGGAGGGCUGGGGAUAUAGCUCAGUGGCAUAAGUGCCUGCCUGGCAAGCACAAGGUCCUGAGUUCAAUUCCCAGUACCAAAAAGAUGAAAAAUAAAAGAUUGCCCAAAGCCCACGGCUAGGAAAUGGGUUGAAGUCCAGACUUGGCCAGUGUGCAAAACUGUUUCUUAGAUGCAUUCACAGCAAAACUGGUGUUAGCAGUAUGGGAGCAAUCCAGUUUUUUUGAGACAGGGUCUCACUAUGUACUUCAGACUCGCCUUGAACUUGCUAUGGAACUCAGAGCAAUCCUCCAGCCUCAGCCUCCCAGAUCCUGGGAUUGCACGUGUGCGCGCCACCCUGCCUGGCUAGCAAUCCUCUUUUACUGUGAUUUUUUUUAUCUUUGGGUGGUAUGAUGGGAAAUUAAAAAAAAAUACUUCUAGUUUCUCUUUGCGACAUGUUAUUUUGAUAAUGGUAAAAACAAAUCUUUCAAAACACUGUCCAAAAUGUCCAGGGGUUUACAUUUCUUUUGUAGGUUAGCUUUCUACCAAUUGUCACCUGGAGGGCUCAGGACCCUAGCAGGGAUCAUUCACAGUGGGUCACUGAGAGCAGCCCGCAGACCUGAGCCCUGUGCCGCCAUGUCCUUUGGGUUAGCUGUGGGUGAGAAGCGGUCUCAGGAGGGCUGGGCAGUCUCAUCAGAAGAAUGGUGACACUGCAGAAGUGCAGCUUUGGAAGCUGAGGCGCAGGGACAUGGCCUUGGGGAACAAAGAUGCCCACACAGGUUAAAGAGGGCCGUUGGUAUUUUCAGAAAUAAACUAAGCUAAAAAGUGA